AUGCCCACCCGCAUGACCCACGAGAAGGAUGACAGGCCGCCGCUGACAGGGCUGGCGAAGGAGCUGGAACAAAUGAUCGUCCUGAACGGGCCCAUGACGGUGCCGGAGUACAUGAUCUACGCCCUACAGCACCCCAAGUACGGCUACUACAUGCGGCAAGAGGACAAGAUCGGCCGCGGCGGGGACUUCAUCACGGCGCCGGAGAUUAGCCAGACCUUUGGAGAGAUGAUCGGGAUUUGGUGCGUGGCUAGCUGGAAGGAGAUGGGCUCCCCCGAGGAGUUUCGGCUGGUGGAGCUCGGGCCCGGCAAGGGGACCCUCAUGGUCGACAUCCUCAGGACGGUCAGCAGUUUCCCAGACUUCAGGAAGGCCUUGUCGCUUCACAUGGUGGAAACCAGCGACGACUUGAGGGCGUUACAGGUUAAGGCCUUGGGCGCGACGUUUGCCCCCACCGCUUCGUAUUCCGCGUCCCGCGGGGGGGGCGGCGGCGGCGGAGCGAAAGAAGUGGGAGGGAGCCCGAUGCUGCUCCCGGGGGGCGGGGAGGUGGUGUGGCACACCAAUAUUGAGCAGGUGCCGAAGGGGCAGCCCAGCCUCUUCAUAGCGCAGGAGUUUUUGGACGCCCUUCCUGUGCACCAGUUCCAGUACACAGAGAACGGCUGGAGGGAGAGGCUCGUUGACGUUAACGUUCCCGGCGCUGGAGGCGCGAGAGUCGACGGGCCCGAGGGGGGGGGUGGCAGCCAGGAGGGAGACGGAUCGGCGGCUGAGGGUGGAGGGGGGGAAUCGCGAAAACAGGAUGCGAAGGAAGAUGACUUCAGGUUCGUUCUUUCCGCCAAAGAGACCACCGCGGUGCAGACCUUCCUCACAAAGCCGAAGAAGGCUCAGGACGCCAAGAUGGUUAUCGGUGGCUUGAGAGGGGGGAAACCGUCGAGUCGAAGAGGGGGCGGGGGAGCGACCUCGUCAUCGACCAAGAAGGGGCCGCUGGGGGAGUCGGUCGGGGACCGGCUGGAAGUGUCCGGGGAGAGCAUCUUGCUCGUCAAGGGGGUGGCCGAGAGAAUCGCCCAAGACAGAGGGGGCGCGCUGUUUGUGGAUUACGGAGAGGCCCACGCCCUCGGAGACUCGCUGCGGUGCUUCAAGGGGCACGAGGAGGUGCCCGUCCUGUCGGACCCGGGAGAAGCGGACAUGACCGCAGACGUCAACUUCGGCCUGCUGAGGCGCGUCGUCGCCGGGGUGGAGGGGGCCCGGCCGCACGGCCCCGUGGGUCAGGGGCAGUUCUUGAGGGAGAUGGGCAUCGGGGCCAGGCUCACCGCGUUGGCCGAGCAGCCCCACGUAACCGCGGAACAGGCCGACGCGAUGCUAGAAGGUUACGUGCGGUUGGUGGACCCCGCGCAGAUGGGCGUACGCUACAAGGUGUUGGGCAUCUCGGAAGAGCGCCAAGAAAUGCCUCCCCCGGGCUUCAUGUCCGAGGUCGAUCCCGACCUUCGCAAAUAGUUUAUUACAGGAGGCGUCGUUGUUAUGUCCUAGAACCUCUAGGUUUGAGUCUUGGUCUGCCCCUGUGCAGGAUCUGCUGCUAUUGAAGGGAUUUCACUCAAAGUUGGUGCUUUUCUUUUUAAGCUUGAGAAGGCAAAAUGCGGCU